UUGGGUGAUAGUGAUUUUGUCAGGCUGAAGGGAGUUGGAAUUGUUCUCUCUCAAAGAAUAAUUGGGCUUGAAUGUACACAGGCUUUCCUCGCGAAACAACUUGCAGAAGAAGGGCUGACGGAUUAUGAUUCUGAUGACAUGGCUCUGUUGCCUGACCAGUCAGCCACACCUGCACCAGGCCUGCAGUCAGCCAGUCCACCUGCCACACCCAGGCCUGACCGGUCCAGCCACCACCACAGCCUGACAGCCGGUCAGCUUACACACCUGCCAGGCCUGCCCAGUCAGCCCCCACACCUACCACCAGGCCUACCAAGAGUCAGCCACACCUACCCAAGCCUGACCAAGUCAGCCACACCUACCAAGUUAGCAGCACCUGCCAGCUACCCGAAGUCCAGCCCAGCCACCUGCCAGGCCCUGCAAGUCAGCCACAUCUACCAGGACUACCCAGUCAGCCACACCUACCAGAUCUGCCAAGUCAGCCACACUCUGCCUGGGGUCUACCAGAGUCAGCCACACCUGCCAGGCCCUAGCAAGUCAGCCACACCUGCCAAGCCUGACCACAGAGUCAGCCACCUACCAGAGUCAGCAACACCUACCAGCCCUACCCAGUCAGCCACACCUGCCGGGCCUGCCCAGUCAGCCCACCUGCAGAGCCUGCCCGGUCAGCCCACACCUGCCCGGGCCCUAGCAAGUCCAGCCACACCUACCAAGCCUGACCAUCAGCCACACCUGCCAAGUCCAAGCAAGCACUUACCAGGCCACUGGCAAAGUCAAGCACACCUACCAGGCCUGCUUAGGUCAGCCACACCUACCAGGCCUACCCAGUCAGCCACACCUGCCAGGCCUAGCAAGGUCAGCCACACCCUUACCAAGGUCAGCCACACCUACCAGUCAACCACACCUACCAGGCCUACCCAAGUCAGCCACACCUACCUGAGGCCUAGCAGGUCAGCCACACCUACGAGAGCCUGCCCAGUCAGCCACACCUACCAGGCCCUGGCAAGUCAGCCAUCCACCAGGCCUGCCCAGUCAGCCACACCUACCAGGCCUACACAGUCAGCCAUACCUACCAGGCCUAGCAAGUCAGCCACACCUACCAGGGCCUACCAGGCCUGCUCAGUCAACCACACAUGCCAGGCCCUAGCAGAGUCCAGCCCACACCUACCGGGGCCUGCACCCAGUCAACCACACCUACCAGGCCUACCAAGUCAGCCAAACCUACCAAGCCUGACCAGUCAGCCACACCUACAGGCCUACCCCGGUCAGCCACACCUGCCAGGCCUGCCCAGUCCCAGCCACACCUACUAG